CGCGCAGACAAUAGGGCCCUCAAGUGUUCCCCCUAAGUUGCUUUCAUGUUGUCCUGGUGUCUUGGCGCUGAAGAAGGGGACCAGGGACUGCAGGGACAAGGUCUUUGUGUGGAUUUGUGCACUUUUCUCCCCCCGACACCACGAAAAGGAAGGAGCAAAACUAAGAGGCUGGGAUGAGGAAAACCCUGACAGCGGGAGAUGGGAAACAAAACGUGCACAUGAUGUUUUGUGAGUGACGCUAUGUGAGGGCGAGAGCAGCGGUGCGGUGGCGGCCGUGGCGACGACGCAGCGGGGGUACGAGCGCCGCCGUGUGCCGUUCCUCGCGCCGGACAGCCGCGCGCUCCGGGACGGGCACGUCCGGCUGUCCCCGGAAAGCGCCGCGCUCACACUCUCAGUUGCCGUCGGUGAGCAGUUUGGCAAAUACGUCCUGUUCUACAGGGGUCAAGAUGGCUAUUGCCAUAUCGUGACCCAACAAAAAAAGACAUGCAGGCCUGUGGGGACUGAGGCUCCUGGGUGGACAGUGGACGUGAUCAUAGAGGAUGCUGGAGCUGCAGGAGGAGAGGGCAGAAGCGGCACACUUUCCCAAGCGAGAGCGAGCCAAAAAGGAUCAAGAAGAGGCCAAGGAUAGCCGAAACUGCAGCGCAGGCUCCAGGAAACCCCGAACUGGCACCCCUCAUGCCAAGGCCACACAUACCAUCAGCCCACACCAGCACUUGACUCCACCCUGCACCUCUCUGGGAUCUCCUUCAAUGCAUUCCAGCAACCCCAAAGUGAGAAACUCCCCAUCAGCAAACACUCAGAGCAGUCCCAAGUCAAAGCAGGAGGCCAUGGUGCGGUCACCCCCUGUGAUGUCCCCCUCUAGUGCUGCCCAGAUGGACUCCAAACUGUCAAGCCAAGGGAAGCAAGGAGGCACUGGUGGCCAAUCGCAGGCUUCCCCCUGUGACUCGAAGACACUGAGUAGUGGCCACACUGCUAAAGUGAACUUGGGACUGAAAAAUGGUCAAGGCCUGAAUUCGGGCAGCACUGCGAAAAGCAAGGCAAAGAGAGAAAGAAGCACAUCUGCUGAGUCCUGUGAGCAGCCCAGAGACCCUGGGACACCUGGCAGUGAGCUAGAACAGAAAGAGGUGGGCCUUCGGGCAAAACGUGUGUGUGUGGCUGAACGACGGCAGCCCUACAGUGGCACUGACUGGUGCUCUGGGGAUGAGAGUGAUGAAGAGGAGCGGAGCUUCUUUAACUGCAAUUCUGGUGACGCGAAGCCCCAGGACCCCAGUUCCUUACUCUCUUCUAACGCAGCAGUUAGUUGCUCUUCCACGCCAUCCCACAAUGCAGCUGGUGCACAGAACUCUGUAUCGGAUUCUGCCAGCAAUCAUAAAGCACCAUCAAAUGUUGUUUAUGUCUUCACCACAGAGAUGGCCAACAAGGCAGCAGAUGCUGUCAUGGGUGGUGUUACAGACUCCAUCAUCACCUUCCACAUGAAGAACAUCUCUAAUAAAAAAGGCGAAAAGCCCCGCUCCACUGUGAACACCUCAAUGGGCCUGGCCCGAAGUGAGUCCAAGGGCCUGCAGCUGGUUGCUGGCCCAACUGCUCAGCAGCCGGAACAGAACCAUCAGCCGUCCGCUAAAGUGCCUCCAGGUCAGGGAGCACAGCCAGCUGGUCUGUCCCAGGAUGGGGCUCUUCUGGGGGCCAUGGACUCUAAGGGGCUUGCAAGCAGCAGUCCUGGUGAUGCUACAUCCCAAAAUGGACCUGCCCCUGGUCCUGCAGGUAUACAACCAGGGUUCCCUGUUUCUGAACCACCCAAGGGCCCUGAAGUCAAGAUGGUCCAGCAGCACCAGCAGAUGGCUAGUGAGCUCAUGUCUGGCAUGGGGGAAAACCCUGAGGGCCUUUCGCAGGAGCAGCUGGAACACCGGGAACGUUCCCUGCAGACACUGCGUGACAUACAGCGCAUGCUCUUCCCUGAUGAGAAGGACUUCUCCCUCAAGGACAUGGCGGCUGUGGGGCAGAACAACGCUGCCCUACCCCCUCCCAUUGCCGGCCCACUGGAGGCAGUGGCCAAGGAGUCUGAGCCAGGCCCCUUGCAGGCUAUGAUGGCUCAGUCACAGAGCCUGGGGAAGCCAGCUCCAGGGGUUCGACCUGAUGGUCCUCCGUUCAGCCAGCCCAGCCACAGGGAUAUGCCGUUCUCCCCAGAAGAGCUAGGGCCUCCACAGGCAGAGCAGGGGGAGCACCUAACACCAGAGCAGGUAGCCUGGCUCAAGCUGCAGCAGGAGUUCUAUGAAGAGAAGAAGCGCAAGCAGGAGCAGUUGCAGCAUGGGCCCAGGGGCAGUAUGCGGGCACCACCUCCACCCUACCAGGUGAACCCUGGAGAAGUGUGGGGCCCUGGUGGACCUGAUUCCUUUCCAGACCAGAUGAAUGUGGGCACCCGUCCCAUCCUCCCCCCACACCGCAUGCCAGGCUUGAUGAACCCAGACAUGGAUAGUCCUGGUCCAGUGGCUCAGCCUGGCAUGGGCUGGCCAGAUGACAUUCCAAAGAUGGGAGAUGGGAGGGGCUUCCCACCAGGUCAGGGCAUGUUUGGGAGCCCCGGAGGACGGGGAGAGAGGUUCCUCAAUCCUCAGGUAGUAACGGAGGGUUUGUAUCAGCAGGGCGUAGGGGAAAAGCCGCAGAUGGGUUUGCCCCCAGGCAUGCUGAUGGACAUAAACAGGAUGAUGGGACACCAAAAGGCCAUGGAACCUAGCCCUAACAAUGGGGGCGGGGUGAUUUUUCCUAGGAUGCCUGGUGACGGCCCAAUGAGCCCUUCUAGGAUGGAGUUUAUAAAGGGCCGUGAAAUGGGUGAAUUCAGCAUGGGUCCAAGAAACAUGAACAUGAACCCUGGCCCACAGAUGCUUUCAAAGAUGAGCAUGGGUCCCGAAGAGAUGAUAAAAAUGAACAUGGGGCCAGAUGAGAUGAUGAAGAUGAGACAGGUAGGAGCAGGGGGUGGUCUACCACCUGGACCCCUAUUUGCUGACCAGCCUCAACCAGGGGAGUUUACCUUGGGGCCCAGCCGGUCAUUCAUGCUCCAGGGUGCAGGGCAUAUGCGAGGGCCUCGUGGUGAGCAACCACUUCGACCAGAGCAGAGGCUGAACCCUCGGAUGAGCCAGUUGGCCCCUGCCUCUGGCCCCAGUUCUGGGCUAGGGCCAGGCCCAGGCCCGGCUCCAACCACCAGUCAAAGGAACCUGGGUCGUCGGCCAUCAGACCUGAAUACGCACCCAGGCCCCGGCAGCUCUCCCAACAUCCACCCACUGAAAUCCCCUACACUGGGCUCCCCCUCUGCUGGCCUGACAUCACCGCAGACUCCCUCCCAGACUCCCUCCCAGCUGGCAGCAAUGUUGACUGGGCCUACUGCCCCCACUGCCUCCAUUAAGUCACCCCCAAUGGUGGGCUCAGCUAGCACCUCUCCAGUACACAUAAAGUCCCCAUCACUGCCCGGCCCUUCUCCCAGUUGGACAUCGUCCCCCAAACCUCCUAUGCCAAGCCCUGGGGUGCCACAGCACAGCAAGCCCCCACUUGGCAUGAACUCCCCCAGCAUGAUGAGUGGUAUGGAAUCAGCAGGAAACGCCCCCCCAACUGCACCACCCCUUGGCAGCUCCUCCAGCCAGCCUGGUCCUAUGAACCUUCCAGGAAAUAUUCCAUCCAGCAGCCCUUACUCUAUGCCUCCAGAGCCUACGCUACCCCAAAAUCCCCUCUCUAUCAUGAUGUCGCGCAUGUCCAAGUUUGCCAUGCCAAGCUCCACCCCACUCUACCACGAUGCCAUUAAGACUGUGGCAAGCUCUGAUGAUGACUCGCCACCUGCACGCUCACCUAACCUGCCCUCAGUCAAUCACAACAUGGCUGGCCUGGGAAUGAACAACCACCUCGGUCAGCCUCGGAUGCCAUCUCUUAGCCCCAUGGCCAUGAACGCCAUGGGAAGUCAGCCGCAUUCCCAUGGUAUGCCCAGUCAGAUGCCCUCACCCAAUCCUAUUGGACCUUCUAUGCCCCCCCAUCCAGGGCCCAUGGGUCCUGGCAUGAUACCCCAUGGAAUGAUGAUGCCGCCAGGCUCCCAAGAGGCAGCAAUGGUCCCUCAAGGGCGGAUGGGUUUUCCACAUCGGCCUCCAGGAUUCCCUUCUGGGCAGUCCCCUCCCCACCAGGGGCCCUUUCCCCACAACGGGCCAGGAUUCCCUCACAGCAUGGGCUUCCCGGGGGAAGUAGGUCCCCUAAGUCGGCUGGGCCCCGGCGCGGAGCAUGCAAUGUGUAAGCCAAAUGGCCCUGGUGGCCAGGAGGCCUUCAGCAGUAUAUUCGGUGAUGCAGAUCUGCAUGAGGUGAUGCGGCCUGGAGCCUCCGGCAUCCCUGAGUUUGACCUGUCUCGUAUUAUUCCAUCUGAAAAGCCCAGCCAGACUCUGUCCUACUUCCCUCGUGAUGGUGGCAAGCCCCCUGGCUUCCCCCCCAUGCAGGGCAUGAUGGGUGAGGGGAACCCUCGUUUAAGACACCCUUUGCCUGGGAUAGGGGCUCCACCAGGCCCUGGCACUAUGGGACCCCAAGACAUCCCUAUGGGCAACCUGGGCCAUGGACCCACGCAGCCACCCAACUUCUUGAGCCAGGGCAUGAUGGGCCCCCAGCACCGCUUGUUGGCAAGUCCAGGGAUGAUGCAAAGCAAGGAUCGUGGCCCAAUCUACAGUCACCCUGCACCUGUGGGCUCGCCAAACAUGAUGAUGUCACUGCAUGGGAUGGGCGGCCCCCAACAGACUAUGAUGAGGCCACGUGGCAUGGCUACAGAUAUGGGAAUGGGCUUCAAUCCUGGACCUGGAAACCCAAUGUUCUGAGAUGGUGUGGAAAGCAAAGCCAGACAGUAGAAAGAACACCAACAGGAGUACAGUGGAAGAGUUUUAGGCUCCUUCCCAGGUCUGCAAAAAGGGAACUCGGGCCACUGCAGCACGUUGUUCUUCAGUCUCCAGAAUGUAUGGGGUUUUACGACAUUAAUUCCAGUCUUUAUAGGUUUUGUCCCCAACUCUUGGAUGCCUGAGGUUACUAAAAAGUAAAUACAUCUGCAGGAAUAGAGAGCUGUAGUUGUACCUUUUAAAUGUAAAAAUAUCCAUCCAAAUGAAUUCCUCCCCAACAGCUGUACAAAAGCCAAGAAACUUUCAAGGAUGUUCCAUUUGUCAUAAGGUGUGCCAUUUUUGCCGUUUCAUUUGGUCUGUUCCUCCAUAGAUAAAACGCUCUUUGUACUUGUGUACCGUACUUGUAUCGUAAAAGGGAUUUUAGCAGUGGCAGGAUUUUCUUCAUGCAGAUCAGUACUCUUCACAUACUAUUAACCACAGGUGCGUUUAGGCCUUUUUUUGAAACUUUUAUAACAGUGUAAUAAACCAAACUUUGACCUCGUGCAGAUAAUGGAAUUAUUAAAAAAAAAAAAAAAGCACAAAUAUGGUUUAUCUAUAUGAAACCUUUUCCCUCUGUUUUAAAUGUAGAAAACACACAAAGUAGAAACAGUGAUCUGAUAUAUACAGUGUGUUCUUGGGUUUUGGAACAAAAAUUGUCAUUUUAGUGGUUAGAAAAUAAAGAGCUCACAAACCUAGCAGCUACUCUUUAUUUUCAGUUAGUUCUCACAAGAUUAUGCUACAGCAUAUGAAUUUCUGGUGAGACUAACAUUUUUCUUUCCUGAACUACUCCUCCCUCAUUGUAAACUUGUCAUGUGAAAUUCCAUUGAAUUUGGUACAGAACCACUUCCCAGGGCUGUGGUGUUAAGACAAAUAAAAUAUAUUGUUUUGUAUAAAAGUGUGUGCAGCCUAGUGUGCUCCUUACAGGGAGAGAAUGGCCAGCUGGAAUCAGAGCUGACAUGAAGGGUGGGACAGUUAACUCAGUGUCUGGUUUGUGAACAGAAACCAGUACUAGCCUAGUGUUAAACUAGGCUACAAACUAAAUAAAACUGAGUUGAUAAGUGGUUUCAGUUUCUGAAAAUGAUUCCUUUUAAAAUCUGCCUACAGUAAAGUCUCCCUUUUCCAGUGGUAGUUU